AUGGAUAUUCAUGUUCUUCAAAGCCAGCCCGCCCAGAAGGUCGCGUUUAAAGACUCUUCCACGGUUCGUGUGGGUAAUAAACUUGUUCGCAAUAAGCCACCCACCCAGCCCUCUGCUAUGCGACCCGAGCGUACUUCAAACGCUGUAAACAGUAAUGUACAGACUGCAAGUGAAGCGGGAGUUGUUGUUCCACCCGCCCAACCCACGAGUUGUCAUUUGGUCCGCGGCGGGUUCCAGCCGCGCCUUCCGACUUCGCUGCCGCCCCCAGGGCAGCAGCAGCAGCCGUCGCCGCUACCACGCCGACAGCCCGUCCCGUUGAUGCCUCCCGCGCAGCUUCAUACGGGAGCGCCCCAGGUGGUCGCUCCGGCGCCUGCGGUCCCUCUUCAGUCGCCACCGCCUUCGGAGCUGAUGGACGUCGACCCCUCAGCCGGGCCGCCUUCCCAAGCGGUGGCUGUGCAGCCUGUCCUGCAGCCGCUUUCCUUGGGCACCCCCAAGGAGUCUGACACCGCAGCGCCUUGUCCGGCGCCCACUCAGCAGCCGUCGACGCAGCGUCAGGAGACGCUGCCUCUCUUCGUGGGUCCCGACGCCCCGUCGCGUCCAGUACCAGAAGCUGCGCCCGUGGUCACAGGCGUGCACCCUGACCUCGGUUUUCAGUCGGUGUUUCCCGAGGCCCCGCGCAGCCAAUGCUGGGGUGCGGACCGGGGACUGCCACCGACAACAGUCUCCGCCCCGAAGUCGGCCAGUGUUGGUCGAGGUCGGGCCGCAUCGAGCGGCGCAUGCGCGCAGCGUGGCCGCGCCGGCCUUGACACAAUGCGCCGCCGCCGAGCGUUGCCCUCGGCCGACUCUCGCUGCCCUGCCCUGCGCGCCCGGCUGCGGCUGCGGCUCUACGACCGUCCCUUCCUCCUUCCGGCGCGCCGCUACAUGUUGCGCAAUAUUGCCGUAGCACGCGCCCCUGCUUGGACUGGAGCGCUGAGUUGUUAA